CAGGGCAUUGUGGUACAUCCACAGCGCAUGUGCGAGAUAUCCAAGAUGAGUCUGAACGUGACCACCCCCGCCUCCUCCCUGGACGUCCCCCUGCACCAGACAGGCCAGUAUGGGGUGAAGGAGACCAUGAAGUCAGCUCAGGGGCUGUCUGGAGUGAAGAGUACCCUUGUUGCUGCCCAUCCCCUGGAAGCAUCAGAAGCACUGGUACGUAAGAACCAGGACCAGGUAGACUUCACCAUGCUGCGUAAUGUCCAGGGUAUGCACGCCCCCUUGCGACUACAGAUGGAAAGGCACAUUGCCAGCAAGGUCCAGCGGUUACCCUGCCUGCACAGCUCCAACGUUGCCCUUGACACCUUACGGGGUCUGGACGAACACAUCGACUUCAAUGAUGUCCUGAAUGACCCCACUGCUCCAGAAGUCAUGGGAGAUCCCCACAUCAUGACAGAGAGAAGGGCCGGCAUCCUGCAGUAGGAGGCUCUAUUAGGGGCUCACACUGGUCGGGGAUAAUUCUCUAGGAUUUGGGUCACGUACAGGGGCAUUCAUGUUCAUAGCUGUUACUUUUCUUUCUUUUUUGUUAUUAUUAUUUCAGUAGAGACAUUCAUCUUUGAACAUCAUUCAGUAAUAAAGGAUAUUGAUAUUUCUGAAGGACUCUAGACAGAGGGGGGUAUA